AUGGAGUACCCUUGGAUUAGCACUGCGGUGUUGGCUUUGAUGAUGGUUAUUGAAUGUGUCUGCUGCAUGAAAACAUUUAUACCCAGAGCAACAAAACUCCAAAAGUUUAGGAAAAUAACUGUAGACAGUACUGGCAGAAAUAUCUUUGUAGGUGGGAAAAACAGCCUCUAUCACCUGGAUGCGAAUUUAAAUGAAAUUGGCCUCCAUGGAGUAUCAACUGGCCCGCGGAAAGAUUCUAAGAUUUGCAUUCGAGAAGAAAUGGAAACCAAUCCAGAUAUGUGCGAUAUUCAGUUAUCUGAUGACUACCCGCAGGUUUUACAGGUGUACAGAAAUUUACUUGUGACGUGUGGUACUGUGUCACUCGGGGAGUGUGUAGGUAGAGAUUUGCAGGAUAUUUCUGUUGUGAACAUAACCAGUAGUACCCACUUUGUUGUAAAUACUGAGAAGUUGGGUACUACAGAGAGUGUUAUUGCAGAGAUUGGCACGGAAUCAGUUCUCUUUGUGGCAAAAUCGCAUGUUAGAUCAAAAAAAAAUUUUGAUGCCAACUCAGAAGUAAGAUUAAUUAUUUAUGCUGGACAGCUGAAUUUGAUAGAAAAUUCAUUUCUGCAGCCAUAUGAAUAUCAAAGAAACAGAAUAUUUAGUAUACAAACUGUAAAUACAUUUGAGGACCACAGCUUUGACUUUGAUAUAAAAGCCAUGUUAUAUAUGAAGAAUUCAAAAUCUGUAUAUUCUCUUCUAAGAAUAACAAAUCUACAUCAAAAACCACUUGAGACUGUGUCCAAAGUCUCAAAAAUAUGUGCAAAAGAAACAGCUUUUAACAGCUAUGAGGACAUACCAAUUAAGUGUGCUGAUUUUCCUCAUGUCCAGGAUGGAUUUGCCAUUCAAUAUGGACAGAGUGAGGUGCUGGUUGCACUUUUCUCAUCAGCUGAGAUUGUCAGUAAAACCACUGCAGGUGCUGUGUGUGUAUUUACAGAGAAAGAACUAUUGGAAGGAUUCAGAAAAUCACGCAUAAAACAAUGCAGUAGCCCAGAGGUAUAUCUGGAUCCUUCCACGACCAAUAGUUGCAUAAAACCAGAUAUGGUGGUUCUUUUGGAAGAUGAAGGGAGUUGUCCAGGUGAAACCUGCACGGAAUGUAUGACGAAUGCUAAUAGUAAAUGUGGCUGGUGUAUAAUGGAAAGCAGAUGUAAGGAGAAAACUAGCUGUAAGGAAGAAAAUUUCUGGCUGCCAUCUGUAGAAGGAGCCUGUUUGACAGUCCAUACAAAUGCUGCUGGAGCCAGUCAAAUAAAUCAGAUAUUAAAAGUGGAUGUGUUUCUGAAUCCUCCAGUACCUAUCACAGGCAAUGACUGGUAUUGUGAAUAUGGGAAAUCUUGUAAAGGUGACGGGGAUCCAUGUAAAUCUAAACUGACAAUUAAUGACUCAGGAAUGUCUUGCGAAAUAGAACAUAAAGAUGCAUUCCUCGAAGAGGAAAUAUAUCGUGCACCUUUCAGUAUCGGCAGAAAUGGAUCCAUAUUAGUUGGCGGAUGGGAGUUUCUCUUCUAUACUUGUUCUGGAUUCAAAACGUGUUUAGACUGUGUCAACAAUCCAAAGGUGAACAAAUGUUCUUGGAACAUUCAAAUGGCAACAUGUACAGAACGUGUGAACGAACCUGCCUAUGUAAACACUGAUGAUGUCAGUAGAUGUCCACAAAUAUCAAAAAUGGAUCUCAAGCUGCCUUACGAUCGGCAAAAAAAUGUUUUAAUUAAGGCAAAAAAUCUCCCAUCCUUGUCUCCGAGUGACUACAAUUGCAGUGUGAGUGGUCAGGUGUUCAGCGUUUUAGAAGUUAAUGUAACAACAAUUCUAUGUGGUGUAAAGAUAAAAACUGACUCUCCAUUCUCUGUAACAUACAAAGAGUCGAGAAUUGACAAUCCAGGGAAAGACAUUGCAACAG